AAUAUUUAAAAAACGUUAAAAAAAUAUUGUCUGCUGACAUUGGGACGCUUCAUCGUGUUCACGGCUGGAAAUUCAACGCUUAUUACGCGCGGUGUGGAUUUCUCAACUCCGGUGCGGAAUAACUUCACGCGUGUCAAGGCUCUCGUGCCGAUUAUCCUCUCGCGUCCCGGGGCGCACUUCAUGCCGAUCCUUGGCGGUCGAUCGCGUGGAAUCCAACAGCGAGCCUUGCCGACGACGGAGCCGACAAGCGUGCAACAUACACGGCCGAAGACACGCGAGAAUCCCGGCUGACGACCGCCUCGGGGGAGAGAUGAGGACGGGCCAAGCUGAAGCCGGGAGAUGUGGGAUCAGCUACCGGAGCUGAUACUGACGCAGAUAUUCGAUCAUCUCGACUACACCGAUCGCGUCAGCGUCGGCGAGGUCUGCCGGGCAUGGAACCGCGCGCUCUCCUCGCCGGUGCUCUGGCGAUCCGUCAGGAUCGUCAUCGAUCGCGACCUCCGCGAGGACUUCUCACCGGCGGCGAUAUUGACCGCGAAGUACGGGCAGCAUAUGCGCAGCCUGGAGCUCACCUUCUCGCGACCCUACAUCUACCCGAGGAUCCUGCACCGCGUCAAGCUCGCAGUACGCAGCGCCCCAGCCUUGGCCGGCGCCGGCUUUCUCGCGAUCGUCCGCACUAAGGAUGUGCAGCUGCGGCGGCUGACGUUGACGAAUUGGGCCUUCGCCUACAACCGGGGAACGCUGCUCGGCGCGUUGGCGCGCUUUCUGCGCGGUCAACGCAAUCUCGCGACGCUGUGCCUGCUGAACGCCGACUUCGGUGUGACGGAUGUCUUGCGUAUGCUGGGGGCGCUCGCCAAGGAGUCGCGCGAGCACCUGGCCUCCUUGGAUCUGCGCGGCGCUUUCAAGGAGUGGCAAGCUCCCCACGACAACCGGAGGUACCUCGGCUUGCUGAGCCGCUUCCGUUCGUUGAGCCUGCUGAAGCUGGAUUACCCGGCUCUGUCGAAUCAGGUGCUCCACGUCCUCGCGAGCGAUGCGUCGAAGACGCUGAAGAGCCUGCACGUAUUCGUGAGGGACUCCGACUCCAGGCAGCACACGCUGGCGGACACCGCUUGGCGCAGCUUGGCGUCGGCGUGCCCCGAUUUAACGGUGUCUUACACUAUAGUGAACAUCUCGCACUUCGAGGACAUGUGCUACCUGCUGCUACCCAGCGUGCCUCUGGCCGAGUUUCACAUGUUCAGCGGUUACGUGUGGGACCAGAGCAGGUCGCGGAACUUCAGGAGCACGAUCGCCCUGCUGAUUGCUCAAUACACGAACACGCUAGUCGAGGUGAUGCUGCAACUCCGAAAUAAUCGCGAAUCGCUGGACGAUUUAUUGGUGUCCAUGUUGCUGCGGUGCAAGCGCCUGGCGAGAUUGCAGUACGACGGGAUCAUAAGGAGCCUCGAUACCCUGCGCGAAAUAUGUCAGCUCCAGGCCGAACACAAAACACGUUUCAAGACGAUACACGUGAAGCCUCGGGAUGUCAAUCUGCGGAAUCGCGUCGUGCUGAACGAUAUCAAUUAUCAGUACGAUCGCAAGAUGCACGAGCAAGGAGUCGACUUCCGGCUCGAGGAUCCCACCUCCAUUUUAUUCUUCUAUUGACGAGUCUCUCCGAGCGCCGAGCGACGCGUCUCCUCCGUUGAUUUUUGCGACUUUUGCGAAGAUCGGCGUUGAAGCUCCUUAUUUUGAUAUCAGUUUUUUUUUUCUUUGUGAG